AUGAAGAUCGUUUGCAUUGGUGCGGCGCCAACGGCUCUCGGAGCUGCUUAUCGGCUCAAUGAGCUCAAGAAUGAGGGAAAUGAGGCUGCCAAGGAUGCAGAGAUUGUGCUCCUCGAACAAGAAGAAAUCGCCGGAGGACUGUCAUGCACUGUCACCGAUGCCAAGGGAUUCCUUUGGGAUAUGGGAGGCCAUAUCACCUUCAACCAUAACUUCCCAUACUACGAGAAGGCUACUCAAUGGGCUGUUGAUGACUGGAAUAAGUUGGCUAGAAACUGCAUGGUUGACAUGAAUUACUUGUAUGAUACCAAGGGAAUUCACUUGGUUCCAUAUCCAGCUCAAUUCGCUGUUCCAUUGUUCCCGGAUGAGGUCAAGAAUCGUUGUCUUGCUGAUUUGAAGGAGAGAUAUGAGAAUCCACAAGAUGGAAUAACUCCAGAUAACUUCGAGGAAUGGGUUCUCCAACACUUCGGACCAACCAUUCUCAACACUUUCUUCAAGCCAUACACCAAGAAGGUUUGGACUGUUGAGCCACUCAAGAUGUCUCCAAAUUGGGUUGGAACUCGUGUUGCCAAGCUUCCACAAGAAAAACUCGAGGAGUUGUGUUCGAUGGAUCAAUCCGAGUUGGCUAAUGCUGACUUCGGAUGGGGACCAAAUUCCUAUUUCACCUUCCCAAAAUACGGAGGAACUGGAAAUGUCUGGAACUCAAUGGCUAAGAAGCUUCCAAAUGAGUGGUUCAAAUUCAAUAACAAGGUAACCGGAGUCAACCACAAAGAGAAGACCGUUGAGGUUCUCGAGAAGGGACAAACUGAGUCAACCAAGAUGUCUUAUGAUGUUCUUCUCAACACUGCACCAAUCGAUCAAUUGGUUAAUAACACUCAAAUCACUGCACCAUUGGAUAUUGUUCACAAUAAGGUAUUCAUCGUCGGAGUUGGACUCCGCAAACCAAUGACUUCGUUCCUCGAGAAAUUCACUUGGCUCUACUUCCCAGACCGUGAAGUUCCAUUCUUCCGUGUCACAAUUCUCAGCAGAUACGGAGAAGUUACUCCAGAUAGUGACAAGUACUGGUCUGUGAUGUGUGAGUGUGCCAGACCAAUUGAUGAUCCAAUCACCGAAGAGGAGAUGGUCAAGAAGACACUUGAUGGACUUGUCAUCAAGGAUAUGAUCACUCGUGAGGCUAUUGAAUCUGUCUAUUCGAUUACUCUACCAUACGGAUAUCCAAUUCCAACACCAAAUCGUGAUCGUGAAUUGGCUCGUGCUCACGGAGAGCUCGAACGUCAUUCGAUCUACUCUCGUGGACGUUUUGGAGGAUGGAAAUACGAGUCAUCAAACCAAGAUCACUGUUUCAUCCAAGGAAAGGAAUUCAUCGACAGAGUCAUUCUCGGUGAACCAGAGAAACUCUACAAGACUGGAGUUCCAACUAUUCCACGUGGAUAA